CUGCCCGUGCCCACCGCGUCCGCGUCCAAGCCCCGUCGUUAUAAGGCCGACACGUGUCCGCGGGAGGCAUUCGCCGAGCAGCAACACCGAGACCAACAUGAAGACACUCCUGGCGGUCGCCGCCGCCCUCCUGGCCGUGAGCGCCCUGGUCACUGCCGAGGUGAACCUAUCGGACGACCAGAAGGCGCUCCUGAAGCAACUCAGAGGGUCCUGCAUGGAGGAGACUGGAGUAGCCGAAGCCACCAUCGAGGCGUGCAAGACCGGCAACUUCGCCGACGAUCCCAAGCUCAGGUGCUACUUGAAAUGUGUCUACCAACAAAUGACAGUGAUGGACGAUGACGGCAUGGUGGAUGCUGACAUGAUGGUCACCAUGCUGCCCGAGGAGAUCCAGGCCAAGGCGGAGCCCAUCCUCCAAGUGUGCAAGGCCGUCAACGGCGCCGACGCUUGCGAGAACGCCAUGCAGUUCAACAAGUGCCUGUACGAAAAGGCCCCCGACUACUACAUCGUGCCCUGAGAGACGUCUCGUCCAACCCCCCUCCGAGUGCGAGGACUUCGAACACGUGCAACACUGCAAUAAAAUAUCUGUGUAUUAUACAA